CAUUUAAAAUAUUCUUAAAUAGCCUCUGUAUCUCUAUCAUCCUUUUCAUCUCGCAUCAUUAUACCUCAUUUCUCAUUUUAACAGCACUUUCUUUUUAUAUAUACAUCUUGGUAUCAUUUUUCUUUAUAAUCUUUUAACCUUCAUUCCACAUCUAACGGCACUUUUUUUAUCUCUUUUUCACACAUUACAUUUCGCACUUCAAUUAUCACCUUUACGAUCAUCACGUCAAACACCACCGUAUUUUCCUUUCCUUUCGAUUCUUAUUCUUCCACACCUUCAACUCUCUUCACAAGCCUAUAACACCACCAAUCAACCAAUCAAGUCACAAUGUCCAGCAUCGCUAGCAUCAUCUCCUUCGGGUCGUCUGCCAACAAGAACACCAAUGUCAACGCUGAGUCUGUAUACUCCCGCGCCUUGUCAACCGCCAGCUUCACCUACUCCAAUGGACAGUCGCUGAUGCCGACGCCGACGCCCAGCGAAGGCUUGGAGCGCCUGCUGUCAGAGGAAGCCGAGACCGCCUACGCCGCUGUCGUCAGCUCUGGCCGGACCACCCCCGUCUCUGCUGUGCUCCCCUCCGCAGCCACAGCCGCCGCCGCCGCUGCCACUGCUGCGGCCGACGCCACCCGCCGUCGCAAAGUGCUGACCUCUCGUCCGCCCAACAGCUUCAUCCUCUACCGCUCCGACAAGCUGCGCGAGCUGGUCAAGCUGCACCCGGAGCUGAAGCAAACGCAGAUCAGCAAGAUGUGCGCCGAGAACUGGAAGAUCGAGUCCGAGGAGGUCAAGGACUGUUACCGCCGCAAGCAGCAGGAGGCUAAAACCAUGUUCCUGACUGAGCAGGCCAUGGAGGUCGAGCGGAUCUCGGGCAGCAGCUCCGACAAGGGCAUCAUCAAGCGCAUCCAGCCUACCAACACAUUCAUCCGCUACCGCACUGAGAUGAAGAAGAAGCUGUCCGUGCAGUUUGCCUCCAUGAACCAGAAAGACGUGUCCCGCGCAUGCGGCCUCAUGUGGCGCAGUGAGCCUGAGCACGUCAAAAUGCGCUACCGCCAGUCAUACAACAAGGAGAAGCGUGACUUUGAGCGCCUGUGCACGACGUCAUCCCUAGAGCCCUCGAUGGAGGCCCUGUCUGCGCUGGCCUCGGUCAUUGAGUUCGCCAAGGCCUCGGCGCCCGCCACCGGAACCAGCACGUCUGCUGUCGACAAGAAGCGUCGCCUCAGCGACGGGAGCCACUCGGCUCCUGUUUCUCCCCCACUGAUGAUCUCUACCAUUACGCCUCCCAAGGAGCACGAGUCCCAGGCACACAGCAAGCGCUACCGCAGCCUGCACGCAACCUCACACUCUAUGUCAUCGGUUUCACCUAUGAACUCGCCGGGAGGAUUUUCUCUGCCGUCGUGCGCCUCGCUGCUCAGCAUUGCUGAUAACUCGCCAAAGUUCGCCGAUGCGCGCCCUAGCGCUCUGCCCUCACUGGGCACCCGCCGCUCGCCAACCUAUGCCAGUCCCUCGCCCAUGGAGCACAUGCAUGCCAGCCAGUUUCCGGUCCUCCACGGUGCGUUCGAGGCCCAGCAGCACCCGCAGGCUAUCUCUUACCACAAGUUCGCCCAAUAUGCCGACCAGCAGACACACCGCGUGUACCCGGGACACUACUCAAAUCACCGUCUGGCAGUGUCUGGCAUAGAGUACACCGACCGCGACCAGCUCUACCAGCAGCAGCACCAGCAGCACCAGUACCAUCAUUAUCAGCAGCAACCAAUUUACACACCGUCUCAAGCCCAGCCCCAUCACUACCAUCGGUACCAGAUGCCUGCUGCGGAGUACUCGGUCCACCAGUAACUAAAAACUACAUGGUUAACGGGUCCCUCACGGGACACUAAAAUUGUAAAGUUGCUCUUUUUUUAU